AUGCGUGCCAGUAUCAUCGCGGCCACCCUUGCGGGUGCUCUCGGGGUGACAGCCUACGACAAGGCCCUCGAGAAUGCCCUUUCCCACAUCCACCGCAGCGGAUGCGGCGAGCUUGACGGCUGUGGGAAGCAUAACAAGGGCUCCUACAUCCCUGAUGGAAAGACAUUCAUCUUCCCUGAUAGGAACUACGAGCAUGGCAACCGAUGGGAGCUCAUAAACAAGCAUCCUCAUCACCACCAUGGCCACCACCAUGGCCACCACGGCCACCACGGCCAUCAUGGACAUCAUGGACAUCAUGGACAUCAUGGACAUCACGGCCAUCACGGACACCACCAUGACCUCCACAGCUAUGUCAACUUCGACUUCCGCGAGGAGUCCCUCAUCUUCGAUUUCGAGAGGAUCGAGGACUACAACCACGUCAAGACCAAGGAGAAGCUUCGCUACGAGAAGAUUGAGAUCAAGGUUGCCGUGGACAAGGCUCACUUUGACCAUGCCCGCAGCUACAGCCUCAAGGACGGACACUGCCAUGAGCACGAUGGCCGUUACCGCUGCCGCCUUCCGUACAACGAACUAGUCCACGGCGGCCACCACGGCUUGUGCCCCCACAAGGACAAGUACGGCAAGGAGCUGUUUGUCAAGAUUGAGACCGUCAUUGUUGCUGGAGAGGAGCGCUACGAGCUCUGCAACCGUGGUGGGCAGGAGAGGGAGUACUUCCGUCUUCGCUACGCCUGCACCGAGUGCAAGUACAACGAGUAUGAGAAGGACUGCCAUCAUAAGCCUCACCAUCAUCAUCACCAUGGAAAGCAUCAUCACGGUCAUCACCACCACCACCCCGAGAAGUACCACCACGGCCAUCACGACAAGCAUCACAAGUGCUGCCACGACCACCACAGGCACCACGAUCAUAAGCACCACCAUGGCCACAAGCACCACGACAAGCACCAUGGCUGCGGCUGCCACAAGCACCACGAUCAUCACAAGCACCAUGAUCAUCACAAGCACCAUGAUCACCACAAGCACCAUGACGCUAAGUUCCUCGACUACAAGUUCGAAAGCCACAAGCACCACGACCACAAGCACCACGAUCACAAGCAUCACGACAAGCACCACCACGGCUGCGGCUGCAAGAAGCACCACCACCACCCCCACGGUCCCCGUGAUGUCGAGACCCUUGAUGUCGUCGAAACCCGCAACGUCGAAGCCCCCGCCGUCGAAACUCGUGAUGUCGGACCCACCACCGACCUCGAAACCCGCGGCCGCGGCCAUGGACUCGCCUACGAAUGCACCGGCACCUUCCUCGAGGCCUACGGAACCGGCAAGUACUCCCACCCCCUCAAGGAGAUCGGCUGCGGCCACGAGGGCUAUUACCACCGCUACCCCAAGAAGGAGCUCGAGGUCUCCGUCCACGGCCCCGUCGAGCUCAACGGCCACACCCUCGGCCACUUCUCCGUCCACCUCGACAAGCGCCGCGAGGACGUCGUGCUCGCCAUCGACGUCAGGGUCCUCGACCCGGACUACUUCGUCACCGAGAUCGCCGCCAUCAUCGUCUGCGAGGACGGCCUCAAGCAGAAGGACAAGGACAUCUGCAGGCCCUCGUCCUACCCGUACCGCCGCCACGACAAGCACGGCCUCGACCACUUCCACUUCGACAUCGUCGACGAGUUCCAGUGCAAGGGCGACUACUUCAUCGCCAUCUACGUCCUCGUCUGCGUCGCCGAGGACAAGUGCGAGUACAAGAAGAUCGGCCACCGCUACGAUUACUAG